UACCCCCUCUCCUCUCCUCUAUUUAUGCCUCUACGCAGCGCAAUGUGCCUCACUCUUUCGCUUUUGGCCUCUCUCUCUCUCUCUCUCUCUCUCACACACACACACACUCUCACUGACUCUGCUGCUGCAUUAGUCACUCGCAGAGAGCCACAGCUCCCUGCAAAGAAGAUCUCUCGUAGUGAAUUGCCUCGAUCACGUACUACUACACAUAGACCUACUACUUGAGCCCGAGAGAAGAGGAGAGGAGGAAGAACCAGAGGGCGUCGAAGAUCAUCGGGGAGGAGUUUUCCUAGAGCUCGCUGCUGCUGUUGCUUUUCUCCGGCGAUGGGGCGAUCGCCGUGCUGCGAGAAGGAGGGGCUCAAGAAGGGGCCAUGGACGCCGGAGGAGGACCAGAAGCUGCUGGCCUACAUCGAGCAGCACGGCCACGGCUGCUGGCGCUCGCUACCCUCCAAGGCCGGGCUGCAGCGGUGCGGCAAGAGCUGCCGACUCCGGUGGACGAACUACCUCCGGCCGGACAUCAAGAGGGGCAAGUUCAGCCUGCAGGAGGAGCAGACCAUCAUCCAGCUCCACGCCCUUCUCGGCAACAGGUGGUCGGCGAUCGCGACGCACCUGCCGAAGCGCACGGACAACGAGAUCAAGAACUACUGGAACACGCACCUAAAGAAGCGGCUGGCCAAGAUGGGGAUCGACCCGGUCACGCACAAGCCGCGCUCCGACGUGGCCGGCGCGGGCGGCGGCGGCGGAGGUGCGGCCGGCGGCGCGGCGGGCGCGCAGCACGCCAAGGCCGCGGCGCACCUCAGCCACACGGCGCAGUGGGAGAGCGCGCGGCUCGAGGCGGAGGCGCGCUUGGCUCGGGAGGCCAAGCUGCGCGCGCUCGCGGCCUCCGCGACCCCGGGCGCGCCGCACCUCCCGGCACCCCCCGCGUCGGCGGCGGCGGCGGCGGCGGCUCACGGCCUCGACUCGCCGACGUCCACGCUGAGCUUCUCGGAGAGCGCGGUGCUCGCCACCGUGCUGGAGGCGCACGGCGCCGCCGCCGCGGCGGCCGCGCGCGCCGCCAUGCAGCCCAUGCAGGCGUACGACGAGGCGUGCAAGGACCAGCACUGGGGCGACGUCGACGCCGCCGACGUGGGCUUCCCCGGCGCCGGAGCGGGGUUCACGGGCCUACUCCUCGAAGGCUCCUUGAACCAGAUCCCGAGGCCGGCGGGGAGAGACGCGGAAGCCGACGGCGAGUUCCAGGAGACCGAGGAGGAGAAGAACUACUGGAACAGCAUACUGAACCUGGUGAACUCCUCGUCGGCACCUAUGUCGACGGCCGUGGUUGUGCCCGCCUCCCACGCGUACUCGCCGGCGCCGGACUUCUGAGCGGAGAAAACCUCGCCGGCAUCAAACUUGAUUCGAUCUCAUGACACAGUAAAUAGUUUAGCAAUGAUUGUCGAAUAAGAUGGGACUAAUAUUAAUGUUAGUAAUUAUUAAUCACGUUCUUGGGUUAACCUGACAAUGCUUUCGAUUAAACUUGUGGGCAAGAACUUCAACUGUUCAAGGCUGUAUCGACAUUUGAAAUUCGAUGCUUGUUUUGUUCGGUGUUCUUAUAGAAUGUGUAAAACACUGAAACUACUAUCAGAGAAUGUAGCAUCCUUACUUGCAAAGUUACUACUCCUGCU